GGAAUUGGAGUUGGGAAUGAAAACUCAGCUUUUUUAGAGGCGAAACUUUCGCUGACCGACAUGUCGGCUCGGUCCAUGCAAACCAACAGUCACACUCUGAGCGGCGACUUCCCCAUUAAACUGCAUUAUACACUUCCUUUAUAGCCCCACACCCUUUAACCUGCUCCUUCCAUUUUCAUUCUUCUUCUUCUUCUUCUUCUUCACGAAUCCAUUUUCCUCCAUUUUCAAAACAAGAUCAGAAAACCACUAAACCAAAAACCCCAUUUCACUAUGAGAACUAGCAACCAUUUGAUCGGCUUACUCAACUUCCUCACUUUCGUUCUCUCAAUCCCGAUCCUCGCCGGCGGGAUAUGGCUCAGUAGCAAAGCCAACAGUACCGAGUGUCUCAGAUUCCUUCAGUGGCCCUUGAUCAUAAUCGGAGUUGCGAUCAUGGUUGUUUCACUCGCUGGAUUUGCCGGCGCGUGUUACCGGAACACUUUUCUCAUGUGGCUUUACCUCUUUGUUAUGUUCUUCGUCAUCGUUGCUCUGAUUGUUUUUAUUGUCUUUGCUUAUGCUGUCACCGAUAAAGGCUCUGGCCGGACUGUUCCCAGUAGGGCGUAUUUGGAUUAUUAUCUUCAGGAUUAUUCCGGUUGGUUGAAGGAUCGAGUUGCAGAGGAGAGCUAUUGGGGUAAAAUUAGUUCGUGUAUUAGGGACUCUAAGGUUUGUAAGAAGAUGGGAAGAACUGUUGGGGGUGUUCCUGAAUCUGUUGAAAUGUUUAGUCUCAGGAAGCUCAGCCCUAUUGAGUCUGGUUGCUGUAAGCCUCCUACAGAUUGUGGCUUUGUCUAUCAAAAUGAGACUUUGUGGACUGGUGUAGACGGGAUGAUGCCCAUCAAUCCUGACUGCACGAAGUGGAACAACGAUCAAGCAGAGCUCUGUUACAACUGUGACUCUUGUAAAGCAGGCGUGCUGGCCAGCCUCAAGAGAAGCUGGAGGAAAGUCUCAGUUAUUAAUAUCGUCGUCUUGAUCAUUCUGGUGAUUGCUUAUGUCAUUGGCAUUGCAGCAUUCAGGAACAAUCGGCGCAUCGAUAAUGAAGAAGCCUCCGGGGAAGCACGGAUGGAAAAGGCACGACCCAGUUGGAUUCAUUCUUAACUGAAUCAUUGAAUGGGGAUAUAUAUGAUGAUUGUUCAAAUGUAUGCAUUUUGAGGUUUUUGUUCUUUGCUUGUAGUGCUGUUUGGUAGUGUGAUCGUUUUUGGGUCUUUUGUGUAUAUACUGUUUGUGGCAUUUUUAAGUGAUGAAAUUUAUGGUUGUUAUUAUAUCAUCUUCAAAAA